CAUAGAAGAGGCGGCAAAUCUUCAUGUGAUUGUGUUGUGUGCGCCUUCAAUACAACAUUCUCUGAGAUGAAGGCAACAACAUCCAUUCUUUCUCACCAGAGUUUGGCUGACAAACUCCCAGUGAUAAACAAGAAGUUGAAGCUCAAUAAGCAGGAGGAUGCUCAGGAGUUCUUGAUUAGCGUCUUUGACAGGAUUGUGCAUGAGGAGGUUGUGCGUCAUUCUGAAAAGCAGUCACUCUCCUAUUGCGCUAAACUCACGACUGGCAUUGAUUCCCUGUUUGGAUUUUGGCUGGAAACAACAAGUGUCUGCCUUGGAUGUGGGGCUUCGCACACCACUUACAGCAGUCACCGCCACCUUCUUAUUCCCACUUCUGGCAAGACUGUCCAAAAGGGCAUAGAUGCUGUUAUGUCCAAUACUGAAACUGUACAGGGGUAUGCAUGUCCUGCCUGUCAUGUGAAGCAAACUUGUUCGAAAUCCUUACAGUUUCACACGUACCCAAAAACUUUGGUUGUGACUGUAGAUAGAUUUGUCAACAGUGAGAACGAUUCAAAGGAUGGAACUCCCCUGGUCAUGAACCGCAAGAUAUCUGUGGGAACAGCAACCUAUUCAUUCAGAAGCAGUGUCAUCCAUCAUGGUCCAGUCAAAACCGCAGGGCACUAUACUUGUACAGCAGUCUGCCCCGAUGACUCAUGUGUGGAGUUAAAUGAUUGUGAGGUGAAACCUCACUCAAAUAGUGCUCAGGCAUACGCAACCCUAAUUGGUUCUUAUUUGAUUUUCUAUCAGCUUGAAAGCAAUAUGGUAUUGAAGGUGGUUAAGCGGUCAAGGAUACCAACUCCCACCAAAUUGAGUCCUGCGUCCAAGAAGUGGAAAAGCCCUUUUGAGAAGAAAUUGAGUGGAGGUAUUCUCCAACACCUGUCUCCAAAGAAACCUGGAAAGACUUUGACGUUUGGGAAAUCGAUCCUGAAACAAUGUGCUUCUGCUUCAGAGCUUUUAGCUGAGCCAUUACAGUCUGACAACAGUGAUCAAUAUCAUAAACCCACCAACAGCAGGCUACCCAAGCAAGUUCAUAAGUCAAAUGAGCAAAAUUUGAGAGCAGCCUUGCCCAAGGACACUUUGUCACAGUCAUCUCAUGAGUGUGCCAUCCCAAGACCUUUGACUAAAGCUGAGAUCUCCCAGGGGAGUAUGGUGCCUCUUGUACAGACCCAUCUUCCGAAGGGGAGUGUUAAUUUAUCUGUUUCUCAACAUUUGAAUCGUGAGAAAUUUGUCAAAGAUUGUGGCAUUCGGAACAAUGGAGGUACUUCCCAUAUUUGCGCUGCCCUGCAGAUGUUACUCCAUGUGCCAGAAGUAUCUGCAUUUGUUAUGGCUGAUGUGCACAGGAAGACUUGUCGCUCGUUUCUUUGCUGUUCCUGUGCUCUUUUUAAGCAGCUGAAUGACUUGCUUUUGAGGAGAUGCUCCCUCCCCUCUUUUUUCAUUAAUAUGUGGGAAAGGCAGUGCAAUAAUAUUUCUGAGGAGCUGCAUCAGAGCUCAUUUGAAUUUCUUUUCCGGCUUAUUACAACACUGAGAUCGGAACAAUACCAGCAAAUGGAGAAUGAAAUACGAUAUCCCAAGUGUUCCAUAUGGGACACCUUAUACUCUCAUCUGUUUAGUGGAAGGCAGAUAAUCGAAGUGUGGUGCAAAGAGUGCAGUCUACAGAACCUCCCACAGGAGUUUUUAUCAGUUGAGAUCCAAUUACAUAAGGAUAAGAAUACAGCUUUUGAAAUUGAGAAGAAAUUGGCUGAAAGGAUGGAGAAUUUGUUGUGUUGCACAUGCAAUAAGAACACAUUGAGCUGGAAGCCUAUUUCUAUAACAAUGCCACGUUACUUAUUGGUGCACAUGUCACUGAAUUGCAGGCUGGAGUUUUCCCAAGUUCGGUGUCUUUCUGUAUAUGGUAUAAAGUUUCAACUCAAGUCUUUCAUUACCCAAGCUACAACAUCACCACAAGCAUUAUUCACUACAGUGUGUGAGGAAGGGGUCAGUCUACAAUUUGAGGAUGCACAGGUCAAGAAACUUGGUCCAGCUACAAUGAACAAGAAAUGCUUCCCUCCCCAUUCAUCAAUGACAUUAAUGUUUGUCCAAGCAACAACAAUUACCACACCGCCUUCCGCUGAACAUGCUCUGUCCCACCAUCAUACCAUCAACUGGAAUGCCGGGUUGGCAAGCAGUAUGGAUGCUGCAGAAUCGUCUGACAUGCACUCCUCACAAGAGGUAAACAAGGAUUCCAGAAGAAAGGCCUUUAAGGAGUUGCUGGCAACAAUCUCAUGUGGAAAACACAUUGGCAUCCAAACUGAUCUAAAGGUGACGGCAUGUAAUGUUCAGAUCCAAACUGAUCUUUUUGAUUAUGACCGAUUUAAAUUGGAAGAGUCUGAUUUCAAAUCUUGGAUUGGUCUUACUGUUGAAGAUUUUGAGGCUCUUUACAAUCUGCUUGGUGGUACAGAGGUUGUUUUGAGAUUAAAGCAGAAAUACUCACAAGCUACCCCCAAGAAAAUAAGUGUUAAGACAAGAGUUUCUGGAAAGAAUAGGUUGUUGCUGUUUUUGCUCCGGUUGAGACAAGGAUUCACUUUGAAGCAACUCUCUUUCCUAUACCGUUUAAGUGAGCCAUAUAUAAGUGAUUUGUUUUAUGUCAUGACAUGCCAUCUAUAUGAGACAUUAAGAGAGAUGAGCAAACAUGUCUUUGCAAGUGCAGCCCAUCAGUCAAAGAACAAACCUCGAGUGAUGAAGCCCUUCAAGAAUUUAAGAGUGAUUUUAGAUGGCGUAUCCUUUAAUCUUGAAACCCCAUCCAAUUUCGAGCAGCAGGGAAAUACUUGGUCUACGUACAAACACCACAAUGUUGCCUUAUUCAUUGUUGGAAUAUCGUGCCAUGGAGCAACUGUAUUUGCUCUCAGGGGAUGGAAGGAGGAAUGUCAGAUAAAGUUGCUACACUAAAGAGCAAUCUGAUGGAAUUGUUGGAGACAGGAGAC